GUGUUACACGUGAAAUAUACUCCUCCCUUCUCCGGUCUCCGAUCCACCACAGCUAUUGCUAUUCUCCCACAAUCAAACAACCGAAAAAUCAGAUCCGUCGACCGGUUCUCCGUCUUGUCUCAAAUUCGACCCUAAAUUGGUUCAGAGAUUUCUUACGUGAACGAAUUUGUGGUUCAGUAGUUGUUAUUUCCACAGCAGAUUAGUAGGAAGAUGAGAGAAGUUGCGGUGGCAGCGGUGACGGUCUUGCUUGUUGCGCUUCAGUUUCCAACGGGGCUUACCCUUCCAUCGACCGUCCCUGCGUUUCUCUGGUCGCCCCAUGAAGAUGGAUUUUCAAGCAAUGGAUUGAAGGGAGCAGUAAAUUAUCAAACUCUCUCUGCAAAGGAUUUGGCCAAGUCUGUUCUGUCUGAAGGGGGCUGGUUAAACAUACUGUGUUCGGGAAAGGAAGCUCAACAACAUUCUGUAGAUGUGGCUCUUCUUUUUGUUGGGAGAGAGUUACAAUUGUCGGAGAGUUGUGGUACCAAACGUGUAGACUCAUCAGCUGUGGACUUUCUCAAGGUAUCUUUCACAAGUGCCAAUUUUUCCUUGGCAUUCCCCUACAUUGCUGCUUCAGAAGAGAAAGAGGCGCUGGAAAGUUCAUUGAUUACAGAGUUUGCAGAAACUUGUGGGCAUAACUUAGCGGCUGAAGUUGCUUUCAUGGAGUCCUGUUCAUUGGAUGGUGGAAAUUAUGAAAAACUUUCAGACCUUAAAACAUUCCAGGACUAUUUGGUUUCGAGGAUGGAAAAGAGACAGAAGGGGCAAGCAGAUUUGGCUGUAUUCUGCCAGCGAAGCUCACUUUCUGAAAGUCAGAUUCUCUCUGAGCUUAUCAGUUCUAUGGAGCUGUCUGGGGCAAGGUACACGGUUCUCUAUGUUUCUGAUCCUUUGAGGCCAGUGCAAUAUCCUUCUUAUCGGGAGGUGGAAAGGUUUCUUGCAGAAAGUGCCUCAGGAAAUGGAUCACUCAAUUCCACUGCUUGUGAUGGAGUUUGCCUCGUAAAAUCAUCCCUUUUGGAGGGAAUCUUAGUGGGGAUUGUUCUGCUUAUAAUUUUGAUAUCUGGUCUUUGCUGUAUGGCGGGUAUUGACACUCCGACUAGGUUUGAAACUCCCCAGGAUUCUUGAUCAGUCGUUUGCGGAAGAUAUACUUGAAUUGUGUUACUGGGGAUACAAGUCACAUGUGAUGUAAUUUUUAUUAGCCAGAUGAAACCUUCUGAUGUCAUGGAAGGUUUCACUUGAUGGAUUGUGCUGUUCAAUGGUACCGUGGUCUCAUAAAUAAGUUGUUUCGAAUCUAUUUUUGUGUAAUUCGUAAGUAGAUAUCAUAUCUUGUUCUCCUCAGAAGGAACAUAAACCUGUUUUAAUCAGUUAUGUGAUUGUCCUCAUUGCAA